AGUCUAUAAUAUGAAUCUGAAUGGCGAAUUUCAACCUAUUAUAAUUGCAGACAGUCUAGGGAGCUACCUUAGUACAUUGGUCGAGGAUAUUCCAAAACCCCUUUUGACUAUUUGUAAUCGGCCUCUUUUGUUCUACCAAUUAGACCUUUUUGAAAAAGCGGGGUUUGACAAUGUAAUCAUACUUAGCCAGGAAUUGACGAAGCAGUCUUUGCAGCAAUAUGUGGCGGAACAGUAUAGCGGGAAGCUUUCCAUUCAGCUGUACCUAUUAGAGGCUCAAUUGGGGAUUGCACAAACUCUUUUGAAGUUAAGAGAUACGAGCAAAAAACAAUUCAUUGUGACGAGUGGGGAUCUAAUUAUCGAGCCUAAGUUUAUACACACCAUGCUUGACUACCAUCUGGAGAAAGAGGCGACGGUUACUAUCGCUCUCAAGGAAAAUGCCCCUGAAUCCAGUGACCACACAUCAAAAGCACUUCGAUAUGGCGAUAUUAUUGGUAUAGAAGCUGAAACUGGUAGCAAUAAAUUACUAAUGAUUGUGUCGUCAGAUGAAUAUGCGGAUACACCUCUUAGAGUGGCACAUCACUUAAUAGAUUGCUUUCCAUCGAUUAAGCUCCGAAGAAACAUAAUUGAUACUCAGUUUUAUAUUUUCAGCCGAUUUGCACUAGACAUUUUAGAAAAGUACAAAAUGAUCAAGAAUCUGAAACACGAAUUCAUACCGCUUCUACUUCAUUGUCAAUACCGUCCUCAAUUAACCAAAGGCAUCCAAAAUGAAAAUAUGCUGUCUUCAGCCCUGAAAAUGAGCUCCGCCAAAUUGUCCGAUACCGGUGUCUACUGUUUGGCCCAUAUACUAGAUAGAAAAAUUUAUUGCAUUCGAGUUGAUACUGUAUCCAACUUCUUAGAGGCAAAUCGAGACCUCGCCGCAGGAAACAAGUACUUUGUGCCCCUGGAACCAGCUCACUAUAAGAGCUUCGUCGCAAAAAGUGCAUCCAUUUCAAAAAAAACUAGAAUUGGAGAUCAAUGCGUCGUUGGCGAUGCAAGUAAAUUAGGCGAUUUUUGUACCCUGAAAUCGUCGGUUGUCGGAAAACAUUGCACAAUUUGCAAUAACGUCAAGAUCAUCAAUUGCGUCAUUAUGGACCACGUUACCAUCAAAGAGAAUUGCAAACUGGUCAAUACAGUCGUCUGCAGCAAUGCAUACAUCAACGAAAAAUCUAUACUCAAAGACUCCGUAGUGGGAUAUAGAUGCACAGUGGAGGGUUCCGUAGAACACGACCACGCUACACUUUCAGUGCAUUCAGAGCUAUAAAAUGUUUGGUAAAAGACUUCGAGUGCUUACUGAGGAUCUAUUAUGCUUCACGGGAUUUCUGGACGACAUUCAGGAAACACUUUCUAAGCAUGAGAUGUUUCAGCUCCUGUCAAAAACUUAAAUAUAAGUAUUUAUAGAGGGGCACAAA